AUGUCAGGGCAAGGUGCGGUUAAUGGGAAUUCAACUCCAUUAAGCCCCAACUCGCAGGCUAAGGGGCAAGAAAGGAUCUCACUAUUGCUGGAGAUCAACCAGGAACUCUUGUUUGAGGCAAUCAAUUUAAGGCAUAAUAUUGAAGAGGUUAAACGGGAAGCAACGAGCUCUACGGGGCCCGAGCAACAGAAGGAGAAGAAAGAGGAGGAGGAAGCGUUCGCACAUGACUGGGCUCAGGUAUGUAGGAGGUUGCAAGCUAACCUUGCCUACUUGGCCUCACUCGCGGAUCGGAAGCAAUCAUCGCAACCCGCACCAGCUUACCUGACGCCGCCCACCCUGACGAUGAGGCUCAAACUCAGGCCGAUGCCGGCAACACCGGAUGCCGAAAAGGUCGACGGUUCAGGAGAUCGUGAGGAUAGGGAGAGACUUAUGAGGGAACAGUACCAGAAGCUGCAGACCCUGUUCCCCGGCAUUGACCCAAACAACGUGCCCGUAUCCAGACCGCAGCCAAAGCCUGGGGCUGCGAAUCCCGCGAUGGCUAUGCAAAAUGCACAGCGGAUGGGAAGCCUUGGGUCAAUACCAAUACCUCAAUCGCCCGCUUCGUCUGCGCACCACGGGACACCACAGAUGUCGAAUGCUGCAACGCCGACCAGCCAGGCUACGAACUCCGCUUAG